UUAGCCUGGUGGCAGUUUCCUAUAAUCCCAGAUAUUCGGGAGGCUGAGACGAGAGAAUCACUUGAACCAGGAGGUGGAGGUUGUAGUGAGCUGAGAUCGUGCCACUGCACUCCAGCCUGGGACGGAGCAAGACUCUGUCUAAAAAGGAAAAAAAAAGGGGAAAUCUCGUACCUGGGUGCCAGGGGUGGAGGAGCUCAGGUCUGGGGGCAGGGAAGCCUUCCAGAACAAAUGAGUGGGGGUCUCCUGCCUGCCUCCCACUGCCUCUGGCUAGACUCACAUCCACCUGGUGGCUCUGCUGACCGAGCCCUGUUUUGGUCUAGUUGCUUGUAUCUGUCACUUUUCUGGCUCUGUGUGGUGGUUUUCAGGCCCCCGACACAGGGAAUGGGAGUGGGGGCUUGGAGAAUUAAGGGAGAAAGCUGUGCCAGCUUGGGACAGGCUCUCUACUCAUCCUCAGUUGGCCCAUGGUCUGGCACAAGUGGGAAUUCCUGGCCCUGCCUGUCAGAGGAAUAGGUAUGACAGCCACGCAGGUGACACCAGGCCUAGGCACUCGGGUGCUUCACUCCACUAGGGCAUGCAGGCGAUGGGCACACUGGCAGAGUGCCUCGCGAAGGGCCCACUCCUCACCUGGCGCUCGCCCUGCUAUGGCCCGGGAAGCAGGCCAGGUUUGUGCCAGGUCUGCUGUGCCCAGGGGGAGGAAGGGCUCCGUGUUCUUAGCCUGUGUCUCUGUGGUGACCGCCAGGCGGAGGGCUGUGGCCCGCCGUGCCGCUCUCCGAAGCCCGACACCUUGGCUGGCACCUCUGCCAGCACCGGCCACCACGGAGAGCUCCACACAGGAGAUCGGCGAGGAGCUGAUCAACGGAGUCAUCUACUCCAUCUCCCUGCGCAAGGUGCAGCUGCACCACGGAGCCAACAAGGGCCAGCGCUGGCUUGGGUAUGAGAAUGAGUCGGCCCUGAACCUUUAUGAGACUUGCAAGGUGCGGACUGUGAAGGCUGGCACGCUGGAGAAGCUGGUGGAGCACCUGGUGCCCGCCUUCCAGGGCAGCGACCUCUCCUACGUCACCAUCUUUCUGUGUACCUACAGAGCCUUCACCACCACCCAGCAGGUCCUGGACCUGCUGUUCAAAAGGUACGGUAGAUGUGAUGCCCUCACGGCCUCCUCUAGAUAUGGAUGCAUCCUCCCCUACUCCGAUGAGGAUGGUGGACCCCAGGACCAACUUAAAAAUGCCAUCUCCUCCAUCCUGGGCACCUGGCUGGACCAGUACUCAGAGGAUUUCUGUCAACCCCCGGACUUCCCCUGCCUCAAGCAGCUGGUGGCCUACGUACAGCUCAACAUGCCAGGCUCAGACCUGGAGCGCCGUGCCCACCUCCUCCUGGCCCAGCUGGAGCACUCAGAACCCACUGAGGCAGAGCCUGAGGCUCUGUCACCAGUGCCAGCUCUAAAACCAGCUCCAGCACCAGCUCGAGCACCCAGCCCAGCACCAGCCCCAGUGCUGGAGCCAGCUCCAACACCAGCUCCAGCUUCAGAGCUAGAGCCAGCUCCAGCACCAGCUCCAGCACCAGCUCCAGCACCCAGCCCAGCACCAGCGCCAGCGCCAGCUCCAACUUCAGAGCUAGAGGUAGCUCCAGCACCAGCUCAGGAGCUCCCACGGGCUCCAGCUCCAGAACGAGAGCCAGCACUGCCUGCAGAACGGGAUCCAACUCCCUCACAAACUCCAGAGCUGGAGCCAGCUCUGGCACCAGUCCCAUCACCAGAGCCUUCCUGGCCUUCGCCUGUGCCUGUGGUUGCAGAGAACGGGCUGAGCGAGGAGAAGCCUCACCUCUUGGUGUUCCCUCCCGACCUGGUGGCAGAGCAGUUUACACUGAUGGACGCGGAGCUGUUCAAGAAGGUGGUACCCUACCACUGCCUGGGCUCCAUCUGGUCCCAGCGGGACAAGAAGGGCAAGGAGCACCUGGCACCCACCAUCCGCGCCACCGUCACCCAGUUCAACAGCGUGGCCAACUGCGUCAUCACCACCUGCCUCGGGGACCGAAGCACGAAGGCCCCAGACAGGGCCAGGGUGGUGGAGCACUGGAUCGAGGUGGCCAGGGAGUGCCGGGUCCUCAAGAACUUCUCAUCACUCUAUGCCAUCCUCUCUGCUCUGCAGAGUAACUCCAUCCACCGUCUGAAGAAGACGUGGGAAGAAGUUUCCAGGGACAGCUUCCGGAUCUUUCAGAAGCUGUCAGAGAUCUUCUCAGAUGAGAACAACUACUCACUAAGCCGGGAGCUGCUCAUCAAGGAGGGGACCUCCAAGUUUGCCACCCUGGAAAUGAACCCCAAGAGAGCCCAGAAACGACCAAAGGAAACGGGCAUCAUCCAGGGCACCGUUCCCUACCUGGGCACAUUCCUCACCGACCUGGUGAUGCUGGACACCGCCAUGAAGGACUAUCUGUAUGGCAGACUCAUCAACUUCGAGAAGAGGAGGAAGGAGUUUGAGGUGAUCGCCCAGAUCAAGCUGCUGCAGUCGGCCUGCAACAACUACAGCAUUGCGCCCGACGAGCAAUUUGGGGCCUGGUUCCGGGCAGUGGAGCGGCUCAGCGAGGCUGAGAGCUACAACCUGUCGUGCGAGCUGGAGCCCCCAUCCGAGUCAGCCAGCAACACCCUCAAGACCAAGAAGAACGCAGCCAUUGUCAAGCGCUGGAGCGAUCGCCAGGCCCCCAGCACUGAGCUCAGUACCAGCGGUAGCUCCCACUCCAAGUCCUGUGACCAGCUCAGGUGUGGCCCCUACCUCAGCAGCGGGGACAUUGCUGAUGCACUCAGCGUGCACUCGGCUGGCUCCUCCAGCUCCGACGUGGAGGAGAUCAAUAUCAGCUUUGUCCCAGAGUCCCCUGAUGGCCAGGAAAAGAAGUUCUGGGAAUCAGCCUCACAGUCGUCCCCAGAGACCUCCGGCAUCAGCUCAGCCUCCAGCAGCACCUCGUCGUCCUCAGCCUCCACCACACCUGUGGCUGCCACGCGCACCCACAAGCGCUCCGUCUCAGGGCUCUGCAGCUCCACCUCUGCGCUGCCACUCUACAACCAGCAGGUGGGCGACUGCUGCAUCAUCCGUGUCAGCCUGGACGUGGACAACGGCAACAUGUACAAGAGCAUCCUGGUGACCAGCCAAGAUAAGGCUCCGGCCGUCAUCCGCAAGGCCAUGGACAAACACCACCUGGACGCAGAUGAGCCAGAGGACUAUGAGCUGGUGCAGAUUCUCUCAGAUGAGCGGAAGCUGAAGAUCCCUGAAAACGCCAACGUGUUCUAUGCCAUGAACUCUACCGCCAACUAUGACUUUGUCCUGAAGAAGCGGACCUUCACCAAGGGGGUGAAGGUGAAGCAUGGAGCCAGCUCAACCCUCCCACGCAUGAAGCAGAAAGGACUCAAGAUUGCCAAGGGCAUCUUCUGAGGGCAUCUUCCCCAGGGCCUGGCUGGCUGGUAGCAAAACAUUUAUGGACAAGAGUGGCCCAGGCCAGCUGGGCACCUUCCUCCCACCUGCCAGCCCAGGGUACCCCAAGACUCCAGUUUCAUCCUGAACCUCUCCUGCUGCUGGGACUGACGCCUGCCAUUAGUCAGGCUGACCUGGCCUCCCGUGGACCACUCACUGCCUUAGGUGCCUUCUGCUCUCUGGAACCAGAGGACUAGCUGACUUUUGCCAAGGAGCAGUGCCAACAGGCAUGGUGCCCUGCCUGCCCCUGGGUGCCACCUCUAUACACUUCUGACACCUUCCCAGGUGUGGGUCACUGCCACCUGUGCCCAUGGGCACCCCAGAGCACCCACUCACCCACCGUGUCUGACCACUGCAGUUCUCUCCUCAUGCCCACGGGCACUGGCCUAUGACCUUCGCAGGGGUCCUGGCCCCUCCUCCCACCACUCUAGCCUUUCUGAGGCCGCACCAAAGAUUCCAUCAUCAGGGCCAACUGAGAGUGAGGGAGUCUCACCCACAACUUACCCCAGCCCUCCCCUGGGAGCAGAAAAAAACCCUCUUCAUGGACCAGGCUCUGCACCCGGUGAGUGAGGACAGUCCCAGCUGAGUCCCAUCGAUGUUGAAUCUCAUGCCACUGCAAGUGCCAUUCACCACUGCGUCCUGGGCUUUACAAGACCAUGCAAGACGGGGGUUGGUGAGGAAGGAGGAUUUGGGGUGGGGGUGGGGUGAUUGAAUAUUUGUAUAAAAAGCAAAAAGAAAAAAAAUGUUUACUGAUUGGGGAGGGGCAAUAUUUAUUUGUUGUAAAUAGCAAACGCUAGACUUGAAUAUUAUAUUAAAAUCCUGUUUCUACUA